AGAAAACACACUGACCACCGACGAAGGAAGGAGUGUAAACGGUGGGCUGAAAUUCUUCAUUGAUUUUGUUCAAAUUAUAUCCCUGUUUUACAGGAAGAAGUUAAUGCAAAAAAUGGCACUGCCAUUUCUACCUGGAAACACAUUCACUGAUCCCACAAAAAGAAAAUAUCAUCUAUCGCAAAGUUUAGGUUAUAAAAAUGGUUAUGCUCUGCCUGCAAGGCCAACAGUUGGUAUUGGAGGGGAACCACUGGAAGUGAAUCAGCUAAGCUUAGCAGAGUUGGACGAGCUGAACAACAAGAGACCAACUUUAACUUAUGGCCAAGCAAAGCAGCCACCACCAGAAGACUUCAUUCCUGCUCAUGUUGGUUUUGAUAAAAAGGUUUUAAAAUUUGAUGCUUUUUUUCAACAAACUGUUCAUGAGUCUCAAAAUGAAUAUUACCGAGUAAGACCAGUUUCAAUUUUCUACUAUCUGGAGGACGACAGCAUCUCUGUGAUUGAACCUCACAUUGAGAACAGCGGCAUGCCACAGGGCAAACUGAUCAAGCGAAUGCGGCUACCGAAGAACGACCAGGGGGACUACUGGCAUUGGAAAGAUCUCAAUGUGGACAUGAAUGUCGAUUUCUAUGGCAAAACUUUCCACAUUACCAAUUGUGAUAAAUGGACACAGGAAUACAUGGCCAGCGAAGGUAUUGAAUUAAACCCCCCUGCCCCUGUUCCAAGUGAUCCAUACAUCGAAUCAAGAAAGGAGUCUGCUGCCCUGAGGACUUACAAGACGCCCUCAAACUUUGACAAGCUCCGACAGUUCAUUGAGCUUGACGGCAAGGUGUUGCGUUUCUACUGCGUUUGGGAUGACAGGAACAGAAUGUUUGGUGAGAUGCGGCCGUACAUCAUCCAGUAUUACCUGGUGGAUGACACCGUCGAAGUACGAGAAGUUCAUGAGGCUAACGAUGGACACGAUCCCUUUCCUCUUCUUCUUAAAAGGCAAAAGCUGCCAAAGAACAGAGACAAUGUUGAAUCGUCAUUUCCUUCUGUUGUCAUGGAGCUUUCAGAACAUGAAAUUAAAGAUUGGUACACCCCCGUAGACUUCAGUAUCGGUCGAACGGUUUACGUUUACAACCGUCCAUUUCUCAUCUACGAUUGUGAUGAGUUCACCAAAGCUUAUCUCUACAAAAAAUUCAACGUAAAGGAUUUCACACCUGUUGAAGUCAAAGGUCGUGCACGUAAUGUACCCAAAAUGGACCUACCUCCAUAUAAUGGGUUUGGAUCUUUCGAGGAUUCUCUACAGUCAUGUUUGUCUCUUGUUCCUCAACCUCCUAAAAAGGAUUUCAUCAAAAUGUUAGAGAAUGACCACAAAGUACUUCGUUUUGAAGCUGUAAUGGAUUCUGUUAAGCCAGAGGACAAAGGACGUCGCUUCAUCAUCAGUUACCGAUUAGCAGACGAUAUGAUGACAAUCUUUGAACCUCCUGUUCGUAACUCUGGUAUUAUAAGUGGCAAGUUCCUUGAGAGAACGCGGGUAACAAAACCAGGCUCGCUUCCAAACAACGCUCAGUUCUACGGACCACAAGACUUGUACAUAGGCGCUACAGUUGUGGUUUUUAAUCAUCGAUUCGUUAUUACCGAUGCUGAUGACUAUGUACUUUUGUACUUAGAAGCACACCAACAGGACUUCCCAGGUGUCCAGAAGACUAUUGAGUCCCUUCGCCAGAGACGUGAUUAUAAAGCAUCAACGAUUCAAGCACCUAAAUCUGUAAAGGCGGCACCAAUGAAAAUCAAACGAAGUCCUGGGGAUCUUCAGCAUCUGCUAGGGGAAGUGAAAUCGCAGCUGAAAAAAGAUAACUACACAAACUUUACCUCCCUAACACAAGCAUUUCUGAAGUAUGAUAAAGACAGGUCAGGCAAGAUUGAUGUUAAUGAGGUUAAGAGAGUCUGCCAUCGCCAGAAUCUUCCCAUUGAUGAUGACCUAAUGAAUGCUCUGGUUGCAGAGCUGGAUGUUAACAAAGAUGGACAGAUUGACCAUGCAGAGUUUAUGAAGUUCUUAACAUAUUACUGACUCCAUUAACUGAAAUUUGAUUAAUUCAUUUAUUUAAUAGAUUACUGAUCUGCUGACUGAUUACAUUACCUAAAAUUAAAUUAAUUGCAUUUUAAACAGAUUAACAAUAUUUUGGCUGACUUCAAUUACUAAAAUAUAAUUAUUUUAAUAUGAUCAAAAUAAUUUAAGGAAAAAAAUUUGUAAAAUAAAUAUUUAUUAAGAAAAUAUCUCAGUUUAUGUAUGAACUGACAUGGUCAUUUAAUAAAAUUCAAGAGCGAAGAAAUUUGCUAUUAAAACUAAUUAGCAGUUGUUGUAGUAUGUUGAUGUCUGUAAAGGGCCACUCACAAUUAUCAAUUCUCAGAAGUAUACAAAGAAUAUUUCUUUUCCCACUCCUAGUACUCCUCCCUCCCCCUCCCCCUCCCUAUGAAAACUUGAUUUUGCACAAACUCAUUCUUCAUAAUUUUUGCAACAGUAAGCUGAAGUACUUAAGUAUGGUACAGCAAUUUUAGUCAAAAUUUCUAUAUAUUUGUCAGUGUAUAAAGGCAUCUUAACCCCCACCACCAAGCAUAAUGUUUGCAUACUUUGUGAAAAUUAAAAUUGUGAAUAACCCAAAAGUAGAUGUUGCUAAGAUAAUGCACCCAAGAUCAUACCUUGUAAAUAUGUAAUUCAUUUUUUUUGUAUAUAAAUAUGUAUACCUGUUUUAGAAUAUUAUUCAAAAUACUAAGUUCAUAUGUUAGUAUGAUGUAUACUUUAAUUUCAACCACUAAGCAUCAACUGUAGAGAAAUGCAUUUUAGAUUAUUGUAAGCUGUUAAUAAGGUCACAAUUUAAUAGUUCACUGGUUCCAAUAAGGUACAGUAACAUACUGCUUGUUUAUUUGUGUCAAAGCCUUCAUAUAACAUCUAGGGUAUGACAACAAGCCUCUCCAAUGGUUUUAACAGAUUCAACUAGUACAUAAAAUUAUUCAUUAUAAAUGUCAACCCUUUGAACUAUCGUGUUCAGAUUACUCGUGUAGUACUCUGUAGCUCUACUCCUCAACAAGUGUAUAUAUAUCAUUUUGAUAGCAAGAUGUUUUCAAUAAUGAUUGUACUGUAUAUUUGCCAGAGUACAGUAUUUCUAUGUUUCCAUAUGUUAAGCAAAUACUUAUGUACAUACAGUGAUAUAACAAUAACAUGUUCCAUGAAAAUCAAAGGUGUGAAAACUAAAGUUGUCUAUAUUUAGUGAGCUAAAGUUUAGCUGGAUUAUUAGUACAGUAACUAGAUUGAUAAUAUAAAACUGAUUGUGAUGUGUAGCUUACGCAUUACUAGACAAAUGGAUUGUACCUUCUGUUGCAAAUUUGCGGUGUCUAUUUAUCAAUUUAUUCAGGUGAUAAAUUGCUCAGUAAAUUCAGUCAUGAUUGCUUGCCACUUUGUCAAUCAACUCGCAACUUCAUCAUGGUUUCAUGGAAACACACUGCAUAACAAAGGUUGCCAAGACAACCCAUAUCUGAAGUGAGAAUAAAUGUGUAAACAUGUUUUGAGGCAAA